CUCCAAGACAGCGCUGAGGGGAGAAUGGCGGAUUAUAAAAGCCCUUCCUCUCCCUGUCAGUGCCUCUCUCUCGCUCUGGGUGAUCAGUCCAGUGCUGCUGACUGCGUUGGACUCCGGAGCGUCACCCCGACCUGGCGCACUCUUGUACCAGAGCGCAGCUGUCACCAUUACUUCAUGCUUAUUGGCCCGAGACCGAGAGAGGCAGAGGCAAAGCAAAAGGCAAACACACAGAGAGAGGGAAAGAGAGGGAGAGAGUUGGACCCCUGCGCUCUGCUCCAUCGAUCUGCAGAGGUGCACCGAGGACCUUUUACCGGGACGUUGGCCACCAUUUUUGCGCUUUAGGCUUCUUUUUGGAGGGAAUGCCAGAAGUGGAUUCACUGCUUGGAACAUGCUACUGGGCAAUUUGGUAGUGGUUGUGUUCUGUCUGUGGAGAACUGAUGUCAGCAGAGCUUACGUGUUUCAAGCCACCCGACCUGUAGAGGGAGGAGACAGUCCACCGCAACCCACGAAAGGAAUCUCAGACUGGGUCAGCUCAGCGGGCUCCUGUAAGGGGAGGUGCUUCGAGCUGGAGGUGGUUGAUCCUCCAGGAUGCAGAUGUGAUAAUCUGUGUAAAACCUACUACAGCUGCUGCUUCGACUUUGACGAGCACUGCCUGAAAACAGAGGGAGGCUUUGAGUGCACACAGGAUCGCUGUGGGGAGGAGAGGAAUGACGACCAUGCCUGCCACUGCUCUGACGACUGUCUGGAGAAAGGAGACUGUUGUUCUAACUACAAGUCACUCUGCAAAGGUGAGACUUCAUGGGUGCAAGGAGACUGUGAGGAGAUCAAGGGUGCUGAAUGUCCAGCAGGCUUCAUCCGUCCCCCUCUCAUUAUGCUCUCUGUCGACGGGUUCAGGGCUUCCUACCUGAAGAAAGGCAAAUCUGUCAUCCCCAACAUACACAAACUCAGAACAUGUGGUACGUCAGCACCGUACAUGCGACCUGUCUACCCGUCAAAGACUUUUCCAAACUUAUACACCCUCGCUACAGGACUGUACCCAGAGUCUCAUGGGAUUGUGGGAAACACGAUGCAUGACCCGGUGUUUAAUGCCACCUUCAGCCUGCGAACCAGAGAGAAGCUGAACCAUCGCUGGUGGGGAGGACAGCCGAUCUGGAUCACAGCAGAGAAACAAGGAGUGAAAGCCGGCACUUUCUUCUGGCCUUGGUACUGGAGUUGGGUGAUUCCUCUUGAAAGGAGGAUUUUGACCAUCCUGCGUUGGCUGCAUCUGCCUGAUCAUGAGAGGCCGUACGUUUACGCCGUCCACUCAGAGCAGCCCGACACCUACGGACAUCGGAUGGGACCACUCAGCAGCGAGCUGGACAACCCUCUGAGGGAGAUCGACAACAUCAUCGGUCAACUCAUGAACGGACUGAAACAGAUGAACCUUCACCGCUGCAUCAACGUCAUCAUCGUAGGAGAUCACGGUAUGGAGGAGGCCCACUGUGACAGGACAGAGUUUCUCAGCAGUUACCCACUCAACAUAGAGGAAAUUACACUGAUCCCCGGAUCGCUGGGCAGAAUACGACCUCGGGACCCCAAAUCCACCACAUAUGACCCCAAAGUUGUGGUUGCAAACCUCACUUGUAAAAUGCCAACUCAGCACUUCAAGCCAUACCUGAAGCAGCAUUUACCCAAGAGGCUUCACUACGCCAACAACCGCAGGAUCGAGGACGUCCACCUGCUGAUGGAGAGGAAGUGGCACAUUGCUAGGAAAAUGCCAGAAAAACUGAGGACUCGCUGUGGUUUCUUAGGCGAUCAUGGCUUCGACAACAAGAUAACCAGCAUGAGGACGAUCUUUAUGGGCCAUGGACCAAGCUUCAAAUUCCAAAAAAGAGUGCCAGAGUUUGAUAACAUAGAGUUAUACAACGUCAUGUGUGACUUGUUGGGGUUGAAGCCGGCUCCGAACAACGGAACUCACGGCAGCCUGAACGACAUGCUGAAAGAGCCGCCAUUCCAGCCCAGCAUGCCGGAGGAAGUCACACCACCGUCACCGGCGUCCGACUCCGACGUCACCGUGACACAAGAUCUGGGCUGCAGCUGUGAUGAUGAGAACAAAGUGGAGGAGGUCAUCGAAGCUUUUAACCCUGCACCGGACGGAGUCUAUAAUUACAAAGGCGUUGAAACCAGAGGAGACAGCACCCAUCUGCCGUUUGGUCGACCAGCGGUGAUGUUCGACACUCAGUACAGCCUCCUUCAUCAUGUGGAGUUCAUCAGUGGAUACAGCAAAGAGCUGGCCAUGCCUCUGUGGACGGCAUACACACUGCCACGACAGGAGGACGUAACUCCUGUUCCAGAGGUUUCUCCAGCUGUUCAGUGUAUCCGAGUCGACUCCAGAGUGUCAGCUGAUCACCGUCAGAGCUGCACCACCUACAGCCAGAACAAGCACCUCACCUACGGCUUCCUCUUUCCUCCAGAGUUGGCAACAUCUCCGGAGUCCAGAUACGACGCUUCGCUCAUCACCAACACUGUCCCCAUGUACCCUGCCUUCAAGAGAUUGUGGAGUUACCUCCAGGGGGCACUGCUGAGGCGUUUCGCAGACGAGAGCAACAGCAUCAAUGUUCUCACUGGACCUGUGUUCGACUUCAACUAUGACGGGCUCCGAGACACCACAGAGAAGAUAAAAGAGUUCUCGGCCAACGGACCGCCUGUCCCCACCCACUUCUACACCAUCGUGACGAGCUGCCAGGAGGUGAACCAGACGGUGGAGGAGUGUGACGGAGCGCUCAGGGUCUUUUCCUAUCUGCUUCCCCACCGACCGGACAACAGCGAAGCCUGCAAUAGUGCUGAGGACGAGUCGCAGUGGGUGGAAGACCUGUUGAAGCUCCACACGGCCCGAGUCCGAGAUGUAGAGAUUUUGGCAGGCCUGGACCUCUACAGAUCCACAAACCUCACCUACACCAGCACCCUGAGCCUCAAAACCUACCUGCAAACCUUCGAGAGUGACGACUAGAUGCACAGAGACAGACGCACACACAUAUACAGGAUGUAGCCUUUUGUAGAAGUCCUGCAUUUUCACCGCAUGCUCGCCGGACAGACGGUGCAUCGCUGCUGCUCCACUCCUGAGGAACUGCCCAAGAAGUGCUCAGAAAAAGAGGAACACACCUCUGAAAAUUGAAAAGAAUAAAAGAAGCAUUUGUUUGGAAGAUUACGACAGGAAUACUCAAUACUACACAUAAAAUCUGUGUACAAAUAUGCCAGCAUAAGAUGCAGGGUGGGCGACUAACAGCUGCCACUACACAUCCCAUAAAUAUAGUAUAUACAAGUCAUUCUCCAUUACACAUAAAGGACCACACCGGUGUCUUAGUUUCUUAUCAAUAAAUGUUCUAUAAAUCAUAUUUGUACUGACUGUCCAUUGCAAAUUUUAAAUGUGUGUUGUUCACUUAUUAAAAUUGAUUAGUAGUCCUUGGAUUAAGGAAUAUGGUCAUUGUGAGGUAACUCAGUGAGAAGCUAACCGUGAAAUUCAAAAAACAAAAAAAAAACUUGGAAAAUUGCUUUAAAAAAUGUGGAAGAGUUUAAUUUUUGGUGUUUUUCUGUAAAGGAAUACUUUAAAAAAAAUUUGAGAUAUCCACUUAAAUUCCACUGCGUGUGUUUAUAUGAAAUAAGAAGUUGGAGCAAGCAACCAGUUAGCAUUAAGACUGGAACCAGGGGAAAGCAGCAGAGCCAGAUUGACUGUUUUCCUCUGUUUUUUGUCUUUUUGUUAUUUUAAGCUAAACAUUUCUUUCCUUUAGCUUCAAUAUUCUCACCAAAAUCAGAAAAUGUUAAACUACUUUGCUAUAUAAUGAAGGGACAGUGGCCACUAGAGGGAAUCCAGAGGCCUGUCAUCUGAAUGAAUGUAGCAUUCAACAGGUAAAAAAAGUGAAUAAAUAAAUAAGCAAAGGCCUUUUAAUGUGGAUCACACAAUUUCUACAAAGAUUUGCCACAACAAAGGUUUACAGUGCGUCAGCACAGGGGCACUUUUUACAGUGCAUCCUCAAAAAAGAAAAUUAUUGCUAAGCCUGAAAUUGGACAACUUUGUUUUCACAUCCACUUGCUUCUUAUAUAUAUUUCCCCAUAGUUCUGUCACAACUUAUCAUCUAGGUGUAUGUUUUAUACAAUUCAUCAUAUUUAUUGCCCAGUGUCAUAACAUAACAGCACCUAGUAUUAAUCCAAUGUAACUGCUCUGUCCCCACUUGUCAUAUGAAGACGGAAAUAGAUCAGCGAUGUAAUGCAUUUUCCCCAAAGCGGUGACAAGACUGACGCUCUUGUGAAGAAAAAUUCUUUGCUUUUAAAACUUGGUCUUAUUUUAUUUUUUGUUGGCAUUGCAGCUGUUCAUUUGACAUGUCAACACUGACACAUCAUCUCAUCACCACACAAAGUUUUGGAGUGAAAUCAUUAGUUAAUUUGCCUGAAUUGCAAGCCUGUGUGCGUGACCAAGCAGGAUGAACUUCAUGGGAAACUGAGCACAGUUUCUUUGGAAUGAAAAAUGCAUGCCGCCAUGAUGCAUUGAUUCUAACUUAACAAGAGCCAUGUUUUGGAAAACUGCCUCCUUCUGGAAGUUAUAAGAGCAGAGGUCCUUUUUCCCAAGCCGGGUUGGUUGAGUUUCCUUUUGAUUCAGUUUCAGCCAAACAAGUCUAAUUUUCUGCGACUGUCAGCUUCCUACGCUCACACUUAAUUCAGAAAAAGAAGUCAGAACCUGUAUUUUUUUUUCAUGUUUGGUAGUUAUUUUCAUAAUUCACUGACGAGUUAACAUAGCUAACUGUCAUGGUAAUCAGUAGAACAGAAAAUAAUCAAUAAAAAGUCAAUUAAAUGACAUAAGAGCUUUCCAACUUGUAGAAGAAGCUGUUUAUUCCUGUAGUCUUUCAAAUAAAAGAGAAUUGGAACCUUUCA